AUGGUCCUCGCAAAGUCCAAAAACUCCGUGGGGCUGGGUAACAGCCUCAUGAAAGACCGAUUUGGCAAAGGCAAAGCAUCAGCCCAGAAGAAAGUCUCGCACAAUGCCGCCGUCGCACGUGUAGACAUGAACGGAGAGACCUAUGUCACGCCCGGUGCUAAGGAGGCUGCGUGGGUGAAAAUGCGCAGUGUUACAGAGCAGGGCGCCCUCGAUGAAUUCCUGAGUACCGCCGAGCUGGCGGGUACUGAUUUUACGGCGGAGAAGAUGAGCAAUGUCAAGAUUAUUCAUGCGGAUCAGAAGAACCCGUAUCUCCUUUCUGCGUCGGAAGAGAAGUCGGCUGUGAAGAAGCAUCAGAAGAACAAGGCAAGGUUGACGGUUCCGAGACGGCCGAAAUGGGAUAAGACUACGACACCGAUGCAAUUGGAGGCGAUGGAGAGGGAGAGUCUGCUGGAUUGGCGGAGAGGUCUUGCUGAUUUGCAAGAGAACCAUGACCUGCUUAUGACUCCGUUCGAGCGCAACCUCGAAGUCUGGAGACAGCUGUGGCGAGUUAUUGAACGGUCCGACCUUGUUGUGCAGAUUGUCGAUGCGAGAAACCCGUUACUGUUCCGUUGCGAAGAUCUUGAACUUUAUGUGAAGCAGAUCGAUCCCAAGAAGAAGAACUUAUUGCUUGUGAACAAAGCAGAUAUGUUGACGGAUAAGCAACGAGAGAUGUGGGCGGACUAUUUUGAGCGAAACAACAUUCCCUUCCGAUUCUUCUCUGCACACUUGGCCAAGGAGCGCAACGAGGCGCGGCUUUUGGAGAAUGAAUCUGGUAGCGAGGCCAACGACCUGGCUGAUGCAGCCAAGGACCUCAACAUCGAAGAGCAGAAGAAGCAGGAGCAAGAAGGCGAAAACUCGCGGAGAACCGACAUCCUCGAUGUCGAUGAACUCGAAGAACUCUUCCUCUCCAACACCCCCGACACCCUCCCCCUCAACCAGGAAGCCGGCGAACAACAAAAACACAAAACAGUCAUCGGUCUAGUCGGUUACCCCAAUGUCGGUAAAUCCAGCACCAUCAACGCCCUCCUCGGCGCCAAAAAGGUCUCCGUCUCCGCUACCCCCGGUAAAACCAAACACUUCCAAACCCUCUACCUCUCCCCCGAGAUUAUGCUCUGCGAUUGCCCCGGUCUCGUGUUUCCCAACUUCGCCACGACAAAGGCCGAGCUCGUUGUCAACGGUGUCCUCCCCAUCGACCAACAGCGCGAAUUCACUGGUCCCGCUGGCCUCGUCGCACACCGUAUCCCCAAGGAAUUUGUCGAGAACGUCUACGGCGUGAAAAUUAACACCCGCCCUAUCGAAGAAGGAGGCACGGGUAUCCCAACUGCCUCCGAGCUCCUGCGCACAUACGCCCGCGCCCGCGGUUUCUCGACAACAGGCCAAGGUCAACCCGACGAAUCCCGCGCAGCACGCUACGUGCUCAAAGACUACGUCAGCGGAAAACUCCUCUUCUGUCACCCUCCUCCACCCGCAGAGGGCCAGGAGCAGAUCGACCCCCUCGAGUUCAACAAGGAACUUUACGACAUGACGCACCUUCCCGCUCGUCGACAAGCCGUCCUUGCGAAAGCACAGCAGGCGGACAACCUCGACGACGUAGAGUCUGAACUUGCCUCGCUACCUUCUUCCAAGCCCAACCAGAGUGAAGAAGGCCAGCGUGCACGGAACCUCGAUACGGGAUUCUUCGCUGGCUCCUCUUCGUCUGCUGGUCGUAUGACACUCCCGUUUAACUCGCAGUACACUGAGCAAGGACAGCAAAUGCGGAAGCAGUUGACUGGCCGAAAAGAGAGGAUGAUGGUUGCGAUGGAACGCGGGGUGGAUGUCUCGGAGGUGAAGGGGAACUCAAAGAAGCAUUUCAAGGGGAAUAAGAAGAGGGCGAAGGGGAAGAGAGCUGCUGGGAAUACGGAGGAGGAAUAUUAUUGA